AUGUAUAAUGACACACAGAACUUUGUCCUCUCGUGUCAUUUAUGCAACAAAUAUAAGUCUUUCACACCUAAACAAGCAUCAUAUAAAGCUAUCAGAAUACCUAAGUACCCAAGUGACUUUAUUUCCAUGGAUAUUGUUGGUCCUAUAAGGAAUUGUGGCUAUGUUUUUACUGUUUUAGAUCAUUUUUCUAAGCAUCUUGCUUUAUAUCCACUUAAACAUUUCACUGCUGAAACUAUUACAGGACAUUUAUUAAAUUAUAUAUCUCUACAUGGAAGACCGGAAAUGAUCUUGACUGAUUCGGGCACACAAUUCACUUCAUUAGUGUUUGAAUCAAUUACAAAAUCAUUAGGUAUAAAAUUAUCUCACUGUACUCCUCAGAGACCGGAAUGCAAUGCACAAAGUGAACGAGUUAAUACUUCACUCAAACUUUUUACUCACCCUUCAUGA